GGCCCGACCUCGCCGUGCACCGAUAGCCAGUCAGCCACACACCACGCGGACCACCGGGGCGCGAAAGGAACGGGACGGCGCAGCCACCCCGGCGGCCGCAACUCCGCAGUAGCUUACGCGCAGAGCACAUACCCGUCUCCCCCUCCCACGGGUUCGCGGCCGCAGCCGCCUCGCCUAGUCCGCCCGCCCGGCCGCGCACGCAAUGCCGCUGGCGCUCGCGCAGCUGCAGGACCUGCGGGAGCGCAUCUCCGACCGCCUCCGCCCGUGGAGCCGCUCCGCGCAGUUCUGGGUCCGCGCCGCGGACAUCUACACCAGCUACAAGGUGUGUCAGCUGCGGACGGGGUUCGUCAAGGAUGAGGAGGAGCGGGAGGCCAUGUGGGAGCAGCAGCACGAGCUCGGCGCGCAGAAGAUGUACUCCCUCUGCUCUGAGCUCGGCGGACUCUUCCUCAAGGCUGCUCAAAUUCUGGGAAAACCCGAUUUGGCCCCAAUGGCUUGGGUGAAGAGACUCGUCACGCUCUGCGAUAGGGCCCCAGCCACACCGUAUGAUGUGGUUAGAGAUGUUGUUGAGAAACAGUUCGGAAAGAACUUCGAUGACAUAUUCGAAUUCUUCGAUGUCGAGCCUGUUGGAUCUGCUUCUAUUGCACAGGUGCAUCGGGCAAGGCUUAAAUUAUCAAAGACAGAUGUUGCUGUCAAGGUUCAACAUCCAGGAGCUGAACAUCUGAUGAUGGUUGAUAUCCGGAACAUGCAAGCAAUGUCCUUGUUUUUGCAGAAGUAUGACAUCAACUUUGAUCUAUUCUCUGCCACCAAAGAGAUGGAAAAGCAGAUAUGCUAUGAGUUUGACUUUGUGCGCGAAGCAAGGGCAAUGGAAAGGAUACGAGAAUUCCUGCGUGUCACCAAUAAGAAACCUCCGGUUAUGGUGCCUCGUGUGAUUCCUGGAAUGGUUAGCAGGGAGGUUCUGGUAAUGGAAUUCAUCAAAGGGACCCCAAUAAUGAAUCUUGGCAAUGAAAUGGCUAAAAGGGGCAUAGAUCCUGGUGGUAAGAUUGCAGCAAUGGCAAAGCAGAAGAUUUUGUCAGAUCUUACUCUUGCAUAUGGUCAAAUGAUCUUGAAGGAUGGCUUUUUCCAUGCCGAUCCACAUCCAGGAAACAUCCUUAUCUGUAAGGACACAGAGGUGGCUUUACUUGAUUAUGGACAAGUGAAAGAAAUGCCAGAGGAUUUACGACUUGCUUAUGCAAAUCUUGUAGUUGCAAUGGCUGAUGAUGAUCUUUUGAGGGCCGAAGAAGGUUUCAGGGAGCUCGGUAUCAAAACAAGGACCAUAGCUGAUAACAAGCUAGAAGAAUUGUUUCAAUUAUCACUUCGAAUGUUUGAUACAAGAUUACCACCUGGUGUAACUGUUAUGUCACCUUUUGCCGAUGAUUCUUCACUUACUAAAAUUGGAGUGGAGAGCUUCCCGGAAGAGCUAUUUUCAGUGCUUCGAACAAUACAGCUUUUGCGAGGGCUGACUGUAGGGAUGGGGCUUACUUUCUCGUGCGCUCAGCAAUGGCGACCAAUUGCUGAGGAAGCAUUGUUAAAAGCUGGGAGGCUAAGAGCUUCAAAACCAAAGCAAAAGAGAAGUUUUCUCAGGCGACUAUUUUGGUGAAGUAGAGAUAGCGACCAUCAAUGAACAUCGUAUACGAAACAUUCUGUAAUGAACUGGCAGUAUCCAAGAGCUCGAGCCCUCGAUUUCACUUCACAGUACAUUUGUACACAUUCAUUUACUUUGGGUGCGUGUUAUUUGACUCGAUGAUUUUGCUCAUUCCUUUACCAAAAUGUUUGUUUUUGGCA